GUGGGCUGAUAAUCUCAGUGCUCCUGGCUGUGAGGGGACACAGGAGCACAGAUUCCAACACCCAUUCCUGCAGGCCGUUGGGAUGUUCCUGGGGGAGUUUUCCUGCCUCCUAGUGUAUUUCCUGCUGGUUUUCCGGGAUCAGAGGCGUGCAGAGCCCUCCAUGGCCCCAUCCCAAGGCUUCAGCCCACUGGUGUUCCUGCCCCCUGCCCUCUGCGACAUGACUGGGACCAGUAUCAUGUACGUGGCUUUGAACAUGACCAGCGCCUCCAGCUUCCAGAUGCUCCGCGGCUCCGUGAUCAUCUUCACUGGGCUCCUCUCCGUGGCCUUCCUGGGCAGGAAACUGGAGUGGAACCAGUGGUUGGGCAUCCUGGUCACCAUUGUGGGGCUGGUGCUGGUGGGGCUGGCAGACCUGCAUGGCUCCUCCAGCCACCAGCACAAGCUCAGCGAGGUGCUCACAG